AUGUCAGAUUAUAUGCAAAUAUACACUGCCGUUGAUAAGGACAAUAAAGGUUAUAUUACCAUCCCCGAUCUCGAGAAAUACGCAAAAGAAAAUGGAAUGAAUCCCAAAAUUGCGCAGAAAUGGCAGAUAGAGUUUGACCCACAAAAUACCGGACGAAUAAAACUGGAGAAGUUUUGUGAAGUUCUAAAUGUUGACCCUAAGGAAGUUGCGAAACAACAAGAACAACAACAUGCAGCAGUUCCCUCUGGAAAAAUUCGUGUGCUUGAUCAAGAAAUGAGCGAAAGAAUGAUGGAAGACACGCUGAACAUAACAAAACAGUACAUAUCUGAGUACCCGUCCGAUUUAAAGGGUGUUUUGAUGGAUGUGCUUUCGAAACUUUUAACUGCAAGACUUCUUCGCAUCAAAGACCGUGAAGGAGGAGAGUUGGAACAAAGCGACUGGUUUUACGUGCUUAGUAUUUGA